GUGAACGCGCACGCUUUAUCGUAAACAUGCACGUUCGACCUUGUUUUUGUUGAUGUUUAACUUGACUGCGGCUGCGCGCGGCAGAAUGUUGUUGCCGUUGGUGACGCGAUUUGUAAAGAAAGAACAAUUGGAUAAAAUAUAAAAAUCGAUUUGUACUGUAGGAGAGUCUCAUAUCUUGGCUCAUCGACCGAAACACAUUUUAGUAGGUUACAAGCGAAUCUACGCGCGUAGCUAGAGUUUGAGUUUCGGAGGCCGGAGUGGAAGGGAAGCUAGCUCGUCAACCUCACCCUUAUGUGAUCGUCCUUCCACGUCGCCGGGCGCUGCUAUACUCGGAGCAAGACAACAAAAUAGCUUAUCGCCAUUAUAUGACCCAGUACUUAGCGUCAUUAUUUGGCCUCCAUGUGGGUGAGGGAUUUGUGUGUGUCAGAUUAUGGCGAGAAAAACAGUUAGCAGGAAAAGGAAGGCAGGGGAGUCCAAGGACCAACAACAACAGGUGGCCUGGUGCCAGUCGGCGAGCAAGCGGACGCGUGUGUCCUCCUCGUCCCGGCACGCUCAGCAGUGGUGGCGUAGUCAGUGCUCGGUGGUGUGUGCACUCCGGGGCCGAGAGUUUCGGCCGCAGCAGCAGCAUGAGUGGCGGCUCCAGCGUAGCCUGCGGGGCUUUGCUGCUGGCCGCCUCCCGGGCAUCCUCAAGGAGCGGGAGUUCUCCCUUGGCCGCCUCAACAAGGUGUUUGCCUCCCAGUGGCUCAACCACCGCCAGGUGGUGUGUGGAACCAAGUGCAAUACGCUAUUUGUGGCAGAUGUUCUGACAGGGCAGAUCACCCGCAUCCCAAUGCUGAAGGACCGACACGGCGGAGGAGGGGCCCCCGGGGGGGUUGCGGGUACAAUAGGGGCCCCCUUCCUCCCUGGUAGUGGCUCAGUGUCUGGGCUGGACCAGCAAGGCUGUGGGAUCCACGCCAUUGAGCUUAACCCCUCCGGCACUCUGUUGGCCACCGGCGGAGACAACCCUAACAGCCUGGCCGUCUACCGGCUUCCUACCCUGGAUCCCGUCUGCGUGGGGGACGAUGGCCAUAAAGAUUGGAUCUUCUCCAUUGCGUGGAUCAGCGACAGAAUGGCCGUGUCAGGGUCCCGGGACGGUUCAAUGGGGCUGUGGGAGGUGUCUGAGGUGGUUCUGAGCCACUCCAUGAGACAGCAGGACGAAGAGGGGGUCCCCUGCUACUCCCACAUCUCCCACCGUGCCCUGGAGGACAUCCCCAAGGAAUACACCAACCCCUACAACUGCAAAGUGCGCGCCCUGGCCUUCAACAACAACCACAAGGAGCUUGGUGCAGUGUCCCUGGAUGGCUAUUUCCACCUUUGGAAGGCAGAGCAAAACUUGAGCAAGCUGCUGUCCACAAAGCUGCCUCACUGCAAGGAGAAUGUAUGUCUGGCAUACGGUCAGGACUGGUCGGUGUAUGCGGUGGGCUCUCAGGCCCAUGUGUCCUUCCUAGACCCCCGGCAGCCCACUCACAACAUCAAAUCAGUCAGCUCCCGGGAGAGGGGAAGUGAGGCAACACGAGGCAUCCGCUCGGUGAGUUUCUAUGAACACAUAGUGACUGUGGGCACAGGCCAGGGCUCCCUGCUGUUCUAUGACAUCAGAGCCCAGAGGUUCCUGGAGGACCCUUCCAGCCCGGCCGGCGGGUUCCGGCAGCGCCCAGGAGAGGGCAUCCUCAAACUCACCACAGGGAAGGGCUGGCUGAAUCAUGACGAGACGUGGAGGAGCUACUUCUCGGACAUCAACUCGUUUCCCAACGCCGUGUACACACACUGCUACGACGACUCCGGCACCAAGCUGUUUGUGGCCGGCGGACCGCUGUGCUCGGGCCUUCACGGCAACUACGCAGCCCUCUGGAGCUAGCCUUCCCUUCUCCUCUAUUCUCCUCCGCUAUUCUCUCCUUACCCCACUACCCAGCCCCCCUCUCUUCUUCCUCCUUUUAGCGUUUCACUCACUAGUGUCCCUCCUUUGUGGACUCAGGAGCAUGAUCUUGGACCCCCUCUUAUCACGGCUUCCAUAUUACCAAUGUGUAUCUCGUCAACACCUCCUUGUUGCAUCCCUCCAUCCUCCCUGGCACUUUGCCCUGUUUAUAUUCAGUUCUUUCAUCUCUGCUCCCUGUUUUUUUAUAUAGAUGAUUAACCAGUGAUGUUGUAAUGAGUUGAGAGGUCCGCUUUUGAAAAACUCAAAUGAAAGUUGAACGUUUUAUUACAAUUUUUUUGCCUGUUUUUGGGAGUAUGUCAUACUGGCAUAGACCGUUUCCUUGUGCGAACAUUGGAGGUACACUCCUUACUGUUCCCCUUCUCUCUCUCCGAAACUGAUGGCAAUAUAAAAUAUUGAGGAUGGGGGGAACAUAAGAGACAAAGUUCUGAAGGAAGGAACAGGAGUAUAGUUAAACUGAAAAAGGACAUGGUCAUUGGUUGGUAGCUUACCACCCUGUGCCAUGGCAACCAAUAAGAGCCGUAGCGAUGGAAAAACUACCCAAACAGACGCAAGGUGAGAAGAAGCAGAGGAUGAGUACAACAAUCAGACAGCGGCAGCCACUUGUUUUUUUGUUUUUCCCUGACUGAUGAUGUAAAGGAGUGAUGACUGUAGAUGCUAAAUGCCAUAGGUAUUCUGCAAUGAAUAAUAAUCCUGAAGAAUCCUUAUUUUAUUUUGAUUCUGACUGUGUGAUUUGACAUAAACGUACACUUGUUGAUAUUACUACUAUCUUUAUUAUAAUUUAUUUUCCCCCUUUCACUAUCACCCUUAGUUAUGGUUUACGGCCGGGUCAUUCAACGUCAGGGCCGUGCGGAACGCAGUGUCUGCUGGUUCUCUUUCUUCACAGUUACUGGUCCAUUCAUGUCGGUGGUUGUGUAUAUCACAAAGCAUGAUCAUUAAGUCAGCUAGCUAACUUGGAUAAACAUUCAUACAUGGCUGUUGAUGUUGUGGAUUAUCCCUCUUUGAACUAGGAAAUAUGGAGUUGUUUGAGGACAUUUUUGAAACAUUAUCUUGCUAAAUCUUUGAUCCUGCUUUGUGACAUAACCCAGUGGUUUCCAUGUUCUAAACCAGCUGCCGAUAUAAAAACGAGGAUGAAAACCUGCAGACAGUGCUGACCUUAAGCGCCUGAAUCCCAAAUCAGACCCUUGCCCUUUCGUCCUAGGCACUUGUGUAGAUUUGAGAGAAUUGAAUAGGUGUAAGCAAUAUGGUGAUCACUCCAUCAAUGCCCUCUGAUAGCCAGAUGGCAUUGUUGCCAUUUUGCCAAGACUUUACCAAUAUUAACAGAUCUGAGGUGUAUUCACUAGAAGCCAACAGAAGCAUGCAGAAUGAAGCAGGGAGAGACUUACCUGAAUUGGUCCAAUAGAAACUCUUGUUUUCAUUGGAAAGGAUUUUCGUUUGGAGUAAACGGUUUCCAUUGCAAAACGGUUUGCUAAGGUCAUGGUCUGAAUGAAUACAUCCCUGGACAAGCGCAUAGGAUGUAGGGGGAAGUGGUUGGAGUUGAAUACAUCUGGAGGCACCAUCGUUUUUGUCACUCUUCUUUUUUUCUAUCAAGGGAUGAGUGUAGCUGCUCUUUUCCUUAUGUGCAAAGGCAGGGUAUAUUUGAGUGACUUUGUUGCCUUUCUAUAGUCUUUCUGUGAAAGACUUGUAGGCUGACAUAGUUUUGCUUUUUGGAACUUUGAGAGUUUUCAUGAUAAUGCGAGAACAAAAAGAGACCCAAUUACGACCAUAAGUUGAACAAAUAACCACUUUUAAAAUGUAUUUUAUAAAUGUGUAUGUGUGAAAUGCAUAGGGACAAAUGCAUACCUUUUUAUGUAUAUGUUCCAGGAAGUGUGUGAACUGACCCCUGUCUUUACUUUGGUGGUGACCUAUUUUAUACCUUUACACACCUCAUGAAUGUUUUUAGAAAUUACUGAACCUGGGGAUAUUGUAUGAUGUCAACAACAGCCGAAACCAACCUAUAAAUCUUUAAAAUGAAAAUAAUGAUAAAUUAAAAAUGUAAGAUUUCUCUUAUUUCA